UUUUCACAGGUCCAUCCUUACCCCGUAACGGUCAAUUGAUAGUCCCUCUCUUUGCUGUUUCUUCUUUGUUUUAACUCUCACCGACUCCGGAAGCUCGCCGAUAUUAACGCAGAUAUCUCAUCUGCGGCGUCGUAUCGCAUGUCUCCUCCGAACUACUAUUCUCGGCGAUAGGCUGGAAGGAGAUCUAGAUACGGUGUCCUUUCAUCUAUCGUUUCUGCGAAGAAAUCGGAAAUGGGAAGAAAACCUAGUGGCAGCAGUAGCGGCAAGAACAGUGAAGAAACAAUGAGCAUAUGGAUUCCAAACCCUUGCGGUUACUGUGGAUCCCCUGGCGCUACCAGUAUCGACAAAGGUUUUUCUAUAAAAACCAUUUCAGUUGAUGAUUAUCAAGAUUAUCUUGAUCGAGGCUGGGAGAGAUCUGGCUGUUUGCUCUACAAAUCUGAUAUGAGGAGGACAUGCUGCCCAACUUAUACGAUUCGAUUGAGGGCAAGUGAUUUUGUUCCUUCGAAGGAGCAAGUUCGAGCGCGUAGAAGAAUGCAAAGGUUUUUAGAUGGCCCAUGGGAUGGCAAAAAGCCUGUUGACAGCAUAGGCGAUCCAAAUACUUCUAAUGGUAAUCAUGGCCAUCAUGAAGUUACAAACUCAACAGGAAAAAAAUCUUUCUCUGUUAAAAAUGAAGAAAAGAAGGAAGAACCAAUUAUAAAUUAUUUGUCCGAACAAAUAGACAAUGCAGUAAUUGCAUGCUCUGAAAGUGAAGAAUUUCCUUCCAAUAUUCAAUUACCGAAAACCGCCGUCAAAAAAGUUUUAGGAGCCAAAAGGAAACUGCUGACUGAGGGAUCGGAAGAUCUUUCGUAUUCCAGCAACAUUGCAUUCCAAAUAGUAGCUGCUUGCAAAAGAGCAAAGUUGGCAGAGAAGGACGUUCAGGACUUAAUAAUGCCGAUACAUAAUGCAGAAAACAGUCUCUCUCCCGUAAUAAUUGCUGAAAAGUUGGCAAGUUUGAUGUAUCAUUUGGAAGAAACUUUUGGCCUUUGUACAAGGGCUUGCAAUGGACAUAUCAACUUUUACUCUGUUGCAAGAGAUGCUUCACCAGUUAAAGAUGUUCCAGUUGUUAAUGCAUCUGAAGAAUCUGCCGUAGGCAGGAAAAGAAAAAAUCUCUGCUAUAGAAAAUUUUCUCACUGUUCUCAGUUCAAAAGGCGGAAGCUUGAGAUCCAUUUGAAAAGGUCCAGUUUUGAUCCAGAAGAGUUUUCAUUGUAUAGACGUUACCAGAUAAAAGUGCAUAAUGAGCCUCCAGAUUCUGUUACAGAGGACUCAUACAGAGAGUUCUUGGUUGAUACUCCUUUGUUGUUUGUUCCACCAUCUGAUGAUCGUAAAGUUCCUCCUUGUGGCUUUGGCUCUUUCCAUCAGCAAUAUUUGAUUGAUGGGCAACUAGUUGCAGUUGGUGUCCUAGACAUCCUUCCUAGAUGCUUGUCAAGUAAAUACUUGUUCUGGGACCCAGAGUAUGCCUUUCUUUCGCUUGGAAAGUAUUCUGCUCUAACAGAAAUAGAUUGGGUGAAAGAGAAUCAAGCACAUUGUCCUAGUCUUCAGUUUUAUUAUCUCGGUUAUUACGUGCACUCCUGCAGUAAGAUGAGAUAUAAAACAGCAUAUCAUCCAUCAGAGCUUCUCUGUCCUCUUCGUUACCGGUGGAUACCAUUUGAUAUUGCAAGGCCUUUGCUUGAUAAAAAGGGAUAUGUUGUCUUGUCAGAUUUUGCCUCUUCGCAAGAUGGAGAAUCCUCGCCCUCUUCUCUAUCCGAAAGUGACAUGGAAGAGCAACCAUAUAUUGAUUUCAGCAAGGCAAACUUGAUUAAGUUGCUUAUGGAGGAUGAUGAUGACGACUUGGAUGAUUGGCUUAUGGAUAAUGAUGAAGAAGUGACCGGAUCUGAAUCGGAAUCUAAAUCUGAAUCUGACUCUGACUCUGACUCUGACAGCUCCAAUGAUUAAUUCGUUCAGGCAACCAAUAAUCCAACAUCGUGAACCUCCAGUCCUGUUUCAGGACCGAAAAGCUUUGAACAGCCAGUUGACAUGGUACCGGUUUUCUGGGAAGGAAGAAAAUUGGUACUGGAGAUGAAUGUUUUGUAUUCUUUAUAAGGUCUGAUUUCUCAUGUAUAGGAUGCUUUUUACUUAUUGAUCAAGUCAUCAAACUGUGGGGUAGGUAUUGUCAGCAUGAGUGGUGUAUACUUUAUAGUUGAAGCUUAAUAACAUCAAAUUGAGUUCUAAACCAA